AUGGUCGCUGCAUGGGUUCGCCACCUCUCCAAAGAAUUCCCGACCCUCGCAUUCCACGCAUCCAUCAACAACUCUUUCGGCAAGGGUUCUUUGAUAUCUCUCCUCAGGCAAUUCAGCCAGCUACACGCAGACCGCAAACAAAUUUCAGUCGGUCUCAUUGGCUACCCCAACGUCGGCAAGUCUUCCAUCGUGAAUACGCUUCGCAACAAGCCAGUAUGCACAGUCGCUCCUAUUGCUGGAGAGACAAAGGUAUGGCAGUACAUCACUCUUAUGAAACGCAUCUACCUCAUCGACUGCCCCGGUAUCGUCCCACCCAACCAGCAGGAUACCGACGAAGAGCUUCUUCUACGCGGCAGUGUCCGAGUGGAGAAUGUCGCAUGGCCUGCGCAGUACGUGGAAGCUGUAUUGCGACGCGUGCAGCCUAAGCAUCUACAAAGGACAUACGAUGUCACCGGGUACACAGAUUCGACGAGCUUUCUUGAGCUGUUAUGUAGAAAGAUGGGUCGACUACUCAAGGGUGGCGAGGCAGAUCUCGAUGCUGUCGCGCGCAUAGUGUUGAAUGACUGGAUACGAGGAAAGAUCCCGUGGUUCACGCCGCCGCCUCUGCUUGAGGGUGAGGGUGGUGGCCCGGUCAAGGGCAUAGACGGAAGGGAGGGUAAACUCGGCGAGAUGCACAAGAAGAGAAAGAGGGGUGCGGAGAGCGAGGCAACCGAGAGUGUUGCUGCUACCACGGACGUGGUGGAUGAAAAAGGUGACGAUGACGAGUUUGACGGCUUCAGCGAUGAUGGAGCGGCUGAUGUGGCAGCCGAAGAUGGCGAUGAUGCACAGACACUCGUUGCAGAAGGCGAUGCAAGUGACGAGGACGUGGAGGAGGAGGUCGCUGCAAUAUCAGCGGCGCUCUCAAAAGCGAAGAAACGGCAACGAAAACAAUAG